AUGGGCGAUUUGGGAAGUCAAAACUUUAGGGCCCUCGAACUGGACAGGCCUUAUGAGGGAGAUGAUCCUUUUUGUGGUCUAUUUACUGGUGUCGAGGAUGCUGCUGACAGUAACGAUGCAUCAGAUCUUUUUCAUGGAGUGCAGCAGGCUUUAAAUCAGGCCGUGGCAGCUCAUCGAGAAGCAUGUUCUCGAUCCCGAGUUGAGUUGCGUCGAUACGAGGUCGACCUCCAACGGGUUACGGAGGAGAGGAAUGCCCUCAAACUCCUCUUAGGGAAAAAAAGGGAGGAAAUCAAGGACCUCUGUGCUAAGUUGAUUAAAGCUCACCAAGAUCAGACCGAUCUGUCCGAGCAGGAGAAAGGCUUGAUUCAAGCAUGGAAAACGGAGGAGCUUGAGGCUCGGUUGGCCUCUGAACUUGCCAAGGCUGAAAAAACAAAGGCCGAUGCAGAUGCAUUUGUGGCUAUUUAUCGGGCUGAUGCUGAAGCCGCUCAGUCACAUGCGAGAGAGGUUUCCGACACCGCUCGAACUCGAGCACAUUGGAUCUCCGAAUUUGCCAAAUGCCAAUAUAGGAGGGAAACCCUCGAGGAGAUCCAUGCUCGGGGCUUUGAUCUUUCUAAAGAGAUAACAAAGGCAAGAGAGCUUGAAGCUGGGUCCUUAGCCUCCGAUGAUGAUGGCGAUGAUGAUGAUGACGACGACGAUGACAAUGACCGGAGCAAGAGUGGGUCUCAGAGUGGGGAGGAGCCCGAUGGAGAAAAGACUGCUCCUGUAGACAAUUAG